AUGUCUUCUCUAUCAAUCGUUGCCAGAAGAACGUCCUCCUCAACGACAUCUAUCAUAAGAUCAUCCACAUGUCUACGCAAUAUGAGCACGACUAAUAGUGUGUCCCCUUCCCCUUAUUUACGAUCUUUCAACCGUUUCAAUUCCACUUCUUCUCCAACAGCAGUGGAAGAUAAACUUCCUGUAGAUCCCAAGAUCACUUCAAUUGUGGAUUCUAUUUCGAAGUUGACCUUAUUAGAGACAUCACAAUUAAUUAAAGAAUUGAAAACUACGUUGAAUAUUCCCGAUAUUACCUUCGCUUCACCAUCUAGUUCCUCACUACAAUCAGGCACCGGAGCAACAGGUGGUGAUACUGGUGCUGGUUCGAAUGGUGAUGCUGCUGGUGCUGCUGCCACUGAAGAAGAAGAGGUUCAAAGUAUUUUUACUGUAAAAUUGGAAUCCUUCGAUACCAAGAGUAAAGCUAAGAUUAUAAAAGAAGUUAAGAAUCUUUUGAGUUUAAGUUUAGUGGAAGCUAAGAAGUUUGUUGAAUCAUCUCCUAAAGUGUUGAAGGAAAAUGUAGGGAAAGAAGACGCCGAUAAAAUUAAGGCCACAUUAGAAGGUUUAGGUGCUAAAGUAAGCCUUGAAUAA